CCAUGUCCUCUGAAGAAGAACUCUCCGUUCUUUUUGCCCGUAUUGGGUUGAAUGAACCUAAGAUCAAGGAAGUCUUGAAGAACAAGAAGGUGUCUGCCUCAUUGGGCGAGAUUGCUACCGAGGCCGCCGUGCCUGUCACUGAUAAAGCCAUCUCCGCCUUGUUGCACGCGCUCGCAACGCUUUGUAAGGGCGAAACUGUCGCCAAGAGAGCGCUCGUUACCAAAGCCAUUGUUGAUGGCAGAUUGAAGACCAAUUUACAGGUCGACGCUGCGUAUAAGUAUGUGAAGGCAGCGCCAGAGCCCUCCGUUUCUGAGAUGGAAGCCGAGUCUGGGGUAGGCAUUGAAGUCACACCAGAACAGGUCAAAACCGAAAUUGCGGCUUAUAUUGCCGCCAACAAGGCCGACAUUACUGAAAAGAGAUACAAGUGCGUGCCAGCAUUGUUGGGGAACGUGAAGUCGAUCCCAGCGCUCAAGUGGGCGUCCCCAUCAUUGUUCAAGACCAUCAUCGACGAGCAGGUCUUGGCUCUUUUGGGUCCUAAGGACGAACGCGACCUUGUUAAGGAAAAGAAAAAGAAGGCGCCAGCCAAUGAGAAGAAGGUGGUCAAGGAGGAGCCAGUCAGAUCCAUGUUUACCGAGGGCUUCCUCGGCGACUUGCACAAGGCGGGCGAGAACCCGCAGAUGUACCCUGCGUUGAUGAAGGAGCACCUCAAGGCGACCGGUGGCCGCGUCUACACCCGUUUCCCACCAGAGCCUAACGGAUACUUGCACAUUGGCCACUCCAAGGCUAUUAUGGUUAACUUCGGGUACGCCAAGCACAACGACGGGUUCUGCUACUUGCGUUACGAUGACACUAAUCCAGAGGCCGAGGAGGAACAGUUCUUCAGAUCCAUCAAGGACUUGGUCGAGUGGCUUGGGUUUGAGCCAUACAAGAUCACCUACUCCUCCGACUACUUCGACGAGUUGUACGCCUUGGCUGAGAGAAUGAUCACCCUGGACAAGGGCUACAUCUGCCACUGUACCGCGGAACAGGUUAAGGCCCAGAGAGGGAUGAGGGCCGACGGAACCCUAGGCGGUGCUAGAUUCGCCUGUCCGCACAGAGACAGACCAACCGAAGAGUCAUUGGCCGAGUUCAGAGGGAUGAAGGAAGGCAAAUACAACGCCGGGGAGGCCACUUUGAGAAUGAAGCAAGACCUCACCUCCCCAUCCCCGCAGAUGUGGGACUUGGUGGCGUACCGUGUGUUGAAUGCGGUGCACCACAGAACUGGCGACAAGUGGAAGAUCUACCCGACCUACGACUUUACCCACUGUCUCGUCGAUAGCUUUGAGAACAUCUCUCACUCUUUGUGCACCACCGAGUUUGUGCUCUCCAGAGAGUCCUACGAAUGGUUGUGCGACGUGUUGAAGGUCUACAGACCUGCCCAGAGAGAGUAUGGCAGAUUGAAUAUCACCGGAACCGUGUUGUCGAAGCGUAAGAUCGCAAAGUUGGUGGCCGAAAAACACGUCAGAGGCUGGGAUGAUCCGCGGUUGUUUACCCUCGAGGCUAUCAGACGCCGUGGUGUACCACCGGGCGCCAUCUUGUCCUUCAUCAACACCUUGGGGGUCACCACCUCCACCACCAACAUCCAGGUUGUCCGAUUCGAAUCGGCCGUUAGAGCCUACUUAGACGUCACCACCCCGCGCUUGAUGAUGCUUUUGGACCCGGUCCCUGUGGUGUUUGAUAACUUGGCCGACGACUACGAAGAGAGCGUCACCAUCCCGUACAAGCUGGGCUCCCCGGAAUUUGGCGAGAGAACCUUACCGUUCACCAAGAAGAUCUACAUUGACAGAGCCGACUACAGGGACGAAAUUUCCAAGGACUACUUCCGUCUUGCUCCGGGCCAGUCUGUCGGGUUGAUGAAGGUGCCUUACACCGUUAGAGUGGUUUCCGUCGAGAAGAACGAGCAGGGUGAGGUCACCUUGAUCCACGCGCACUACGAGAAUGACGAGAAGAUGAAGAAGCCAAAGACCUUUAUCCAAUGGAUUCCAGAAAGUGCCAAGGCCAAAUCGCCAGUCAGAAUCGCCGAGAUCAGAAUCCACAAACAGUUGUUCCACUCCGAGAACCCGGCCGCGCACCCAGACGGGUACUUGGCCGAUGUCAACCCAGACUCAGAAGAGGUUGUUACCACUGCCAUGGUCGAACCGGCGUUCUUUACCAUCAAGGCCAACAGUCCGUUGAACAUGAGUGCGGGUAACCCAGAGUUUGAUAUCAAGGAGAAGACUGGCAAGCCAGAAACCGUCAGAUUCCAGGCCUUGAGAGUUGGCUACUUCUGUAUCGACAAGGAGAGCACGGAGGAUAAGCUCAUAAUGAACAGAAUCGUCACCUUGAAGGAGGACUCCGCCAAGAACUAGACGUAAUAGUAUAUUUAUAAACUGUUUGAAUGAGUGUAGACAGCCAAAGGGGGAUGCGUGUUGAUCGUGUAUGUAUUGACCUUUAAAGUUUGUUUACAAUUCCUCCCUUCAAUCGGCAGGGUUGGACACAGAGAGGUAAAGGUGGGAUAUUAAUUGGGUAGAGAAUUGUUAGGGUGGGUAAUAGAAUUUCAGAGCAUGCCUGAUUUAACUAUCAUAUUCUCCGGGAGUUAUAGAGUCGUGAAUCCUUAUUGAGUUUGUAUAUUUGCUGGCCACGGAGAUGAAUUUCCUUGAUUUUGGGUAAUUCUUAGUCUUGACCUAUUAAACGCAGGAUUCAGAUCA